AUGACUGACAUAAAGAGCAACCAACAACAACAGCAAAACGAGCACAUCUCUCAUCAGAAGCCCCAGCAGAAGGAAUGGCCCACGAACAGUCGUCUGUAUCAGCUGAGAAACGAGAGGGUCCGAUCGAUUUCUACAUCCUACGACGAACCGGAUGUUGUGGUGGACAUGGAUGUGAACAACUACAGCAACAACUGCAAUAACACUGACCACAAACGACCAUCUCCUAAUAUUCAUCUCAGGUUCCAAAAAGGUUGCACACCAAUGAGCCAGAUGCUAGCGAGCAGAAUUCCUAACUCACUUAGUCUCCAUGAAGAUGAGAUCAAAUCAACAACGAGUAACAAAAUAGGCCCGGAGGAAUUCGUUGAGAUGAUGCGGCGUCGUAAGACCCCUCUCUACCUCAACCACCUCUUCUACCAACAACAACAGCUGCAACAGCUGAUGAAAGGACGCAGAAGAACAGUCUCAGAGAACCAGGCCUCACUCAUGCUCAAAUUCCCGCAGACCUUACGGCAGAAGUACGCCGACCAGUCGCAAAUUCCAAAUGUCGUCGUCCUCGAUAGACAGCCUGUCGUCAGGCAGAAGAGUGCUGCAUCAGAUCAUGCUAGUCCUCCUUCUGACGGGUUGCUUGUUGGACUCGCAGCUGCUGGAGCGCUUGUCGGGCCGGCGGGUGAAAUGACAGGAGCUGUUGGAUCUGGGGGUGGGGGAAUUUUAACGGCUGAUGGCUCUGGUGGUGGCAUUUCUGGCUCUGGUGGUGGCAUUUCAGGAGUAGCUAGUGGUGUUAAUAAUAGGAAAUUAUUACACCAAAAUGUGUCUGGCGGUAGAUUGCUUGCUGCAAAGCACUCCUCUAUUGGACACGAUCCAAUGAAUGCAAGUUGGCUCUCCUAUUUCGCCAUUAAGUGA